AUGGAAAACAGCAGCCCACCCGACUACCAAGCGCUCUAUUUGAGGACAGAGGAGGAACGCCAGCGGGAAGCAGAGCUUAGGAAACAAGCUGAGGAGGAACGUCAGCGGGGAGCAGAGCUUAGGAAACAAGCAGAGGAACGCGAACGGCAAGCUGAGGAAUGCCAACGACAAGCCGAGGAACAUCAGCAGCAAGCAGAGCAGGAAAGGGACCAGGAAAGAGAGCAAACACGACGAACCACCUUUGCAGAGCUAAUUCGAUACUGCCACAACUAUACUUCUCUAUACCUGAGAGUCGAAAGUCCGUCCCGUUCUACGACGGGAACGAUUCCGGCGCCUAAGGGAAAGCGCUGUCCGCUGCAGCUUCUGCCUUGGACCGAGUGCACAGCUAUACAGCAAGAGAUCUAUCACUCUGUACUUAUUUAG